AUGCCUAGCUGUGAGGCCCCUUGGUGCCGUGGCGGAUAUUCACGCUCCCGAAGAAAUUUGUGCGUUUGGCUGGCGGGGAAAACUGCCAUUUCGGCAGGCCAGCAGAAAACGGGAUACCACCCCAGACAGACGGGGGUUGGGGAGGGACCUGAUCCUGCGCUUGAAGCCUUCAAGAAAGCCCCGAUCACGGGUCUUCUAUCCGAGGUUCCCGGUAUCGGACCUAAGUUCUCUGGCCUACUGGGAGAAGGAGAAGGCGAGGACUGCAUCAAGAACACGUUCCAGCUGAUCGGGAAGUUCUUGGUGUUGCGAACAUCGAAUGAAGAAGAUGGAAAGCUGAUCGAUUGCGUCGAGCACUGCGAUAAAUUUUAUUGGUGGCUGCAGUCCAAAGGAAUCGGUUUUCGUGGUCGCAUCGUCCAAUGCAUUGCCGAGAAGGUCAACAUGUCAUACCCUGGAAUUUACGACAGGGAGGCGUGGACUGACCCCCAGGACGAGAAGUAA